CAAAAGAUUUCACUUUCUUUCUUUUCUAAUUUCUAAAACCCUAAUUGAAGUUCCAACAAGAUCGAUCACGGAGAAGAUGGAUCUCGAGGAUUGGGAAUUAGUACUCCCCAAUAACAGCUUCAAGGAUCUUGAUCUUGAUCAUGACGAGGAUCAUCAUGGAGCGAUGGUAAUGGACUACUUCCUCUGCCCAUCUACUAAAGAUCCUCUCCCAAAAACAGAGUCUCCUCCAAGAACCAUAGUGGUCCCUAAAAAGCUUCUUCAAGUUCCCAUAGCCUGGGAAGCCGUUUUGGACCAAGACAACACAAAGAAACCCAAUAACCGUGAAACGGAUCCAGAUCCGGAUUCAAAACAAACCCUUUCGACGGACUUUGUUUCGUCACCUAGAGUUUCCUUCAAGAUAAUGAAGGAGACUGAAUUUGCCGACAUGAAAAUUGACCCACCAACGAGGAUCACGAGUCCUCUGCCUCAGAUCGAUGCUGCUGCAUCGAAACCCUCUGAUUUAGAAGGAGGAGAUGACUUGCGAGACAAGAAAGAAGUUGUUUUGGAGGAAGAAGAUGAAGAUGGUAGUGGUGGUGAGAGAUUGAAUCUGUGGAAGGCUGGUCUCAAUGGGAUUGGAGCAAUCUGUUCUUUUGGGGUCGCAGCAGCUGCUGCUACUGUAUGUGUCUUCUUCCUCGGACACAACAAUAUCAAAAUCUGUAAGAACAAGAACCAGAUGCUUAGGUUCCAGAUUUACUCCGAUGAUAAUAAGAGGAUGAAAGAAGUUGUGAAUCAUGCAACAAAGCUCAAUGAAGCAAUCUUUGGUAUGAAAGGUGUUCCUGUCUUGGGGACGAUCAGAGAGAUAGCUUCAAAAAUGUCGUCAUCGUUAGAACAAGAAAUCUUCUUACAGUGGGGAAACAAGAAGAGAUUAAGAUGUCUUAGAGCCAAAGACAAAAAGAUCUCUCGCUCUAAAAACUCUUCUCGCUUUCUAGGUCAAGAUACCUUCCUCCUUCAAUCCUCUAGAUUCUCCAGAGGAUCAGAAGGAGCAAUCCUCAGAUCUGGACUACCAGAUCGCCGGCCGGAGAAAGAAGAGAGGUAUUAUACGACGAGAGGUGUAGUUGAUAACAUUGGGAAAGUUUGUUUAGAUGAAAACAACAAUGGAGAAGAUAGCAACAACAAGGAAGAGAGUAUGUGGCCUAAGCUGUUUAUAACAUUGUCAAACAAAGAGAAAGAAGAAGAUUUCAUGGCUAUGAAAGGUUGCAAACCUUCUCAUAGGCCUAAGAAGAGAGCCAAACUCAUCCAAAGAAGCUUACUUUUGGUGAGUCCUGGAACAUGGUUGGCUGAUUUGUGCCCAGAUAGAUAUGAUGUUAGGGUGAAGAAGAGCUCUAAGAAGAGGCGAGCAAGAGGGCUAAAAGCUAUGGGAAAUAUGGAGACUGAUUCAGAUUGACAUGUUUUAAGAUUAGUUUAUUAGAAAUGUUUGCGUAUUGAUCUAAGCUAACUUUCGUGGGUUUACCUAAGCAAUCUUAAAAAAGUAUUUUAGAUGAAAUUAUUCGGUUGAGCAUUUUGAAUUCACAAAGAAAUAUCAUUUCUUUUGUGACAAUGUAUGUUCUUGUUGUAACUUGUAACUCUAUCAAAAUCUAUUGUUUCAGAUAAUGUACUGUUGUCCUAUUUCGCAUAACUUCAUCAUUGUAUGACAUGUACUAUCUUCAUUUUCUUUGUGAUGGAACAAUGACAAAUCUGUUACAAUUUGUUUUUCAAAUGAGAAUCGAUCACUGGGUAUGACUGAGAAAAGAUGAAAAAGUCAACUACUAGUAAACUUUCCUGAAAUUA